AUGGAAGAAGAACUAUGGUUGUUGGAGGAGAUGUUGCAGAAGCCGCCACACCUCGUCCUCAACCACCUGCCAGAAACAGCGAGAUCAUCGAGCCCUAGUCCCGAAAACAUCGCAACACCAGAGCCUUACGAUCCGGCCAACCCGGGUUUUGUGAGACCUGAUCGGAGACCAGUCAAGUUGCCGAGCACGGAGACAGUGAGUCCCAGCAUGGGGACCAGUGUGCCCAAACUUCAGCCGCAAAGAGUCAGCCACGGGCUGUUUAAGCGCAAGAGGCCCAAAAUGCUGAUCAGACCAGCCACGACCGGUUCGUUGAAACUGGCCAGGAGGCCAGGAACUAGUGCCAGCCAAAUGGAGGACCUUUUUGGGGCCAGCCCCACUCGGGAAACUCCUCCGACUCCAAGAAGGGUACCGGACAGUGCCAACAAUGUGGACGAAAACCACAACACAACUACCAACCCGGGCCCACGUCAAAAGCGGAGUCCCCAGUUGAUCGCUGCGUCACAGAAGACGAAGCCUGCCAGGGUUGAACCGGUUGUACCUGUUGCUGAGCCAGUUGCAGAAACGGUUGUUGACCCAGUUGCUGAAACUGCUAUGGUGGAUCGUGCUGCACCCGCUGAUCCUGUUGUACCUGCCAGUGUUGAAAGUGUUGAUCCUGUGGUACCUGCUAAUGAUGUGGUACCUGCUGCUGAACCUGUCGAGCCUAUGGACACUGUGGAACCUGCUGUAGAAAGUAGAAAACCUGCCGCUGAAACCGCCGUUGAAGCUGUAGAACCUGUUGAGAGUGUACCAGUUGCACCUAAAAAGAGAGACAUCACCGUCCGGGCCCACGUCCAAGACGCAGUCCCCAACGGGUAG